GGGUACCUAUAGGGCUCUCUGCAGACGAAGCGAUGCUGGGCUGGAACGAGGAAGUGCAGUGGCGAGGGGAGGGACCGCGUGUGCAGCUCCCGGGGGCCGCCGCAGCCUUCAGACCUGCCGCGUAUGGAACUGGGGAGAGCUGGAAGAACUUCAUACUGCAAACGCAAGGGAUAGCAGAAUACUUGCACCGUAUGGAGACCGAGGAGGCGCAGGAGAUGGCCCCACUGCCAGGUCGGGAAAGCCCACCUCCGAACAACGCGUCAGAAGAGCCAGAGGAGCCAAUGGCGGUGCCCGAGGAUCUGUCAUCAAGCUCCACCCACCAGCAAACCAACAACAACAAAGCCGUUGUCAUAAAGGCAGAGAGUGGCGCAGAUGCGGACAGUGGCGUGAACGUAGCGGAGGAGGAAGAGUUUGCCGAGGACUUGCGUGUGGUCGAUUCGUCUGGGCCCAAAAUGAACGGAUCUGGGCCAAGUCCGGGACCCAAGGCCUACCCUUCGUCUGGAGGCAUCAGGCUGCCCAACGGCAAGCUCAAGUGCGAUAUCUGUGGCAUAGUGUGUAUCGGGCCCAAUGUGCUGAUGGUGCACAAGAGAAGCCACACUGGCGAGCGUCCUUUCCAGUGCAGUCAGUGUGGGGCCUCGUUCACUCAGAAGGGAAACCUGCUCAGACACAUAAAGCUUCACUCUGGAGAAAAGCCCUUUAAAUGUCACCUGUGCAGCUAUGCAUGCCGCCGCCGUGACGCCCUAACCGGACACCUGCGCACACACUCAGUGGGUAAACCUCAUAAGUGCGCAUACUGUGGGCGGAGUUACAAACAGAGGAGUUCAUUGGAGGAGCACAAAGAGCGUUGUCAUAACUACCUGCAGUGUAUGGGAUUGCAGAACAACAUCUACCCAGUAGUGAAGGAGGAGAACCACAGUGAUGGGAGGGAGGACAUGGGGCAGUCUGGCUGUGACAGAGCCUUGGUGCUCGACAGACUGGCCAAUAAUGUAGCUAAACGGAAGAGCUCUAUGCCACAGAAGUUUGUGGGUGACAAGCGCCUCUCGGACCUGUCGUACGACACCACCUCCACAGAUCUGAUGCAGCCUCAUGUGAUCGACCAGGCCAUAAACAGUGCCAUCAGUUACCUUGGCGCUGAUUCCUUACGCCCAUUGGUCCAAACUUCACCUGGCUCCUCCUCCGACGUGGGACUAGGUUCUAUGUUCCCUUUCCACAAAUCCCAAAAUGACAACUCGACUCCCCACAACCUCUCAGCGAAAGACAGCGCUGCCGAAAACCUCCUCCUCCUCUCCAAAUCCAAGUCUGCUUCCAGUGAGAAAGAUGGGUCCCCUAGCCACAGCGGACACGAAAGCACCGACGAUACAGAGAGCAAUAACGAGGAUCGACCAGCGGGGGGCGCUGCUGCCGGGCUAAUCUACUUAACCAAUCACAUAACAUCCGGAUCGAGAAAUGGAGUGAUCCCAUUGGUCAAAGAGGAGCAGCAGAGGCAGUACGAGGCGAUGCGCGUGGGGUUGGAGCUAGCAUCGGAAGGUUUUAAGGUGCUAACUUCAGAUGGAGAGCAGGUCCGAGCGUACAGGUGUGAACAUUGUAGAGUGCUGUUCCUGGAUCAUGUCAUGUACACAAUUCACAUGGGUUGCCACGGUUUCAGAGACCCGCUCGAAUGCAAUCUGUGCGGACACCGAAGCCAAGAUAGAUACGAGUUUUCAUCCCAUAUCACGAGAGGGGAGCACCGAUAUUAACCAGUCUGCUGUCACCUUAUAUUAACUACACCUAAUUAUCUCUAAUAAAGCAUGAAGACUUAAUUCAUAAUGAACAAAAAGUUUUUAAGAGAGGGUAUUACAGGGGGUUUUAAUUGUUGACAUAUUUAGAUCUCCAUGUUUCCUUUUAUCGUUUUGAAAAUGCUAUAUUCACCCAAAACAACAUCCGUUUUGUUUUUGAGGCUCUGAAUCCUCUUUCCCCUUACCCUUACAAUACAAUUGGUGUGCAUCCCGCUAAUGAAACUACUGCACAUCGCAUCAGGUUUGUGAAGUUGUAGAGUAGUAUCAUGCUUUUGUAUAUUUAUGGAACAUUGCCGUGGGGGAGCGU